AUGACAGAACAGCCAAUCUCAGGGCAAGGUAAGGGAACAGUGGAAUGAAGGCUCAUUUUUCAUUCUCACAAACCAAUGAAACCCUGCUUAUCUUAAACCAACCUGCUCACUGGAGUAGGGAGGACAGGACCAGCAUAAAAGGGAGGGCAGAGUCAACUGUUGCUUAUACUUGCUUCUGACAUAACCGUGUUCACUAGCAACCUCAAACAGACACUAUGGUGCAUCUGACUCCUGAGGAGAAGACUGUUGUCAGUGCCCUGUGGGGCAAAGUGAAUGUGGAUGCAGUUGGUGGUGAGGCCCUGGGCAGGUUACUGGUAGUCCACCCUUGGACCCAGAGAUUCUUUGAGUCUUUUGGGGAUCUGUCCUCUCCUGCUGCUGUUAUGGGCAACCCUAAGGUGAAGGCUCAUGGCAAGAAGGUGCUAGGCGUCUUUAGUGAUGGCCUGGCUCACUUGGACAACCUCAAGGGCACUUUUUCCCAGCUGAGUGAGCUGCACUGUGACAAGCUGCACGUGGAUCCUGGGAACUUCAGGCUCCUGGGCAACGUGCUUGUGUGUGUGCUGGCCCACAACUUUGACAAGGAAUUCACCCUACAGGUGCAGGCUGCCUAUCAGAAGGUGGUGGCUGGUGUGGCUAAUGCCCUGGCUCACAAGUACCAUUGAGGUCCUGGACUGUUUCCUGAUAAUCAUAAGUAGACCCUAUUUCCCUAGAUUCUAUUUUCUGAACUUGGGAACACAACGUCUACUUCAAGGGUAUGGCUUCACCUAAUAAAGAACGUUCAGUUCAA